ACAUACUGCCUCUACUGAACACAUACUACCCACUGUCCCAUGAAGCAUUGGAACUUCGUCUUUACUCCCUCAAAUCAACUCUAUUCAUUGGAUAGAUGCAUCCCGCAAGCAUUAAACAAGAGCUGUGCUCUACAGGGUAGAUAAGGUUCCAUUUUAUUCUUAUCCAGUUGCAGUGCAUAAUGUGAUUGCAACGCGGAUUCUCUUUCUGUAGUAUUGUAUUCUCCGGAAUUUGAGUAACAAUAUUGUAGUUUAUCACUAAUGCGAUUUCGAACAUUGCGUUCUUUGUUUUGUCCUGCCGGCCAGCCCAUCUGCCUGCGGAAUACAAUUUGGAUGCUGUUCCAGUUGGUAUUUUCCUGGAAUAUUAUCGCCUCGUAUGUUUCCGUUAUACAUCCUCUCAUUCUUCCAAGAGCGCCGCAUGGAACGAAUCGCUUGGAUGAACGCCGGGGUACAGCGCAGUCACAGCCAGUUCCACGGCAAAGACAGAAGCAAAAACAGACAAGAAAAUUGAAUAAAGGGCUGGUCUGGCCUCCGGGCAAGGAGUGUUUACGACAGAAAAACUGUUUCAUGUGCAGGAGUAUUCUACGCACUGAUUGCUAUAGGAGCGGGUCAAAAGGAUGGGAUAUGCCAAAAAAAUCUUCCUAAAAUGCGCGUUUCUGCUGUGGAUUACUUCUGCACUGCUUCUGGUUGAUAGUAAGAGAGCAAGAGCCCGAUGCCCCAUGUUUUGUACGUGCACCAAAGAUAAUGCCUUAUGUGAAAACAUAACAUCGAUUCCACGCAGCUUUCCUUCUGAUGUCAUUUCAUUAUCUUUUGUGAAGUCUGGAUUCACAGAAAUUCCUGCAAGAAGCUUCAUGCACACGCCAGCCCUGCACCUCCUAUUGUUCGCAGCCAACUCAUUUGAUUCUAUAAAUGAAGAUGCUUUCCUUGGUCUGCCACAUCUGGAGUAUCUGUUUAUUGAAAAUAAUAAAAUUAAGUCAAUAUCACCAAAUGCAUUUCGAGGUCUAAAAUCUCUUAUACACCUGAGCCUGGCUAACAAUAACCUACAGACUCUACCCAAAGAUGCUUUCAAGGGCCUGGGAGCAUUAACAAAAGUGGAUCUUCGCGGUAACAUCUUCACCUGUGAUUGCAAACUGAAGUGGCUGGUGGACUGGAUGUACCACACUAAUGCAACAGUGGACCAGAUCUACUGCAGUGCCCCCCCUAUUUACCAAGGGAAAUCCAUCAACCAACUCGUUCCACAGUCCUUUGACUGCAUAACAACAGAAUUUGCCUCCUAUCAGACCCUAAAAUUUCAGUCGAUUUCAGUGGAAACCUUUUCAUUUGGCAAUGAUCAGUACAUAGUGUUUGCCCAGCCCUUCAUUGGAAAGUGCAGCUUCCUGGAGUGGGACCAUGUUGAUAUGGUUUUCCGUGACUAUGAUGACAUUGACAGUACAUCUACAGUUAUUUGCAAACCUCUGGUCAUUGAUAACCAGCUGUUCAUAAUAGUUGCCCAGCUCUUUGGUGGCUCUCACAUUUACAAGAGAGAUAUCUCAGCCAACAAAUUUAUCAAAAUCCAGGACAUCGAUAUUCUGAAAAUAAGGAAACCCAAUGACGUGGACACCUUCCGCAUCGAUGGAGAGCAUUUCUUCAUCAUAGCUGACAGCUCCAAGGCAGGCUCCACGACAGUAUACAAGUGGAAUGGCAAUGGCUUCUAUUCUCACCAGUCUCUCCAUCCCUGGUACCGGGACACGGACGUAGAGUACCUGGAGAUUGCCAACAAGCCCCACCUGGUUCUCUCCAGCAGCUCCCAGCGACCUGUCAUUUACCAAUGGAACAAGGGCAGGAAGCAGUUCAACAGACGCACGGACAUCCCAGAGAUGGAGGACGUAUACGCAGUCAAGCACUUCAGAGUGAAGAGCGAUCUGUACAUCUGCCUGACACGCUUCAUUGGGGACUCCAAGGUGAUGAGGUGGGAUGGCUCCAUGUUCACCGAGAUCCAGACCAUGCCCUCCCGUGGUUCCAUGGUCUUCCAGCCUUUCUGCAUCGGCAGCUGGCAGUAUGCCAUCCUGGGAAGUGACUACUCCUUCACUCAAGUCUACCGUUGGGAUGAGAAGAAGGGCCAGUUUGUUCAUUUCCAGGAGCUGAAUGUCCAGGCCCCCAGGGCUUUUUCACCCAUCUCCAUUGACAACCGGCAGUUUUUGCCUGCUUCUAGUUUCAAAGGGAAAACUCAGAUUUAUGAACACCUCAUAGUUGAUUUGAGUAACUAGUUGGUUCUGAAAAGGCACUUACUGAGGCCACAGCAGUGUGGCUGCCCUGGGGAAUACUUGUUGAAUUAUAUGCAUGACAAAGCCCACUAAUACAUAAAUAUGAAUGCCUUGCUAGAAAUGUACAUCUUAAGUCACCAUCUAGUGCUUUUGAAUUUUUAUUUCAAACAAAAGCCAUUCAUAUUCCCUGCAGCUAUACAUAUAUUUGUAAUUGCAUCUUUCACUGAGGGAAAAUAAAUGAGAAGUUUUUAAUAUAUUUAUUAACUUGUUUGGAAGAAGAAAUAAAUCUGCCAAAUAAAAUGUUGACAUUUUCUGUCUUUCCAGUUUUACACAAAUUAUUUAUAAGUGAAGCUUUUGUAAAUAUGAGGGACCAUACCAGUAAGAUAAUUAUUUGAUAAGGGGAUUGUUACCAUUUUGAAUUCAUACAACAUAAAAUUGAAAAUCUGACAUGUUGCAAACUUAGAUGUUGCUGCAUAGAAAAUAAUACUUAGCAACUUGGAUUUUUAUUGUUGGUUGUUUGUAUGAACUGUAUAGUAUGAAUAAAAAUUAUGA